CCUGAGAUUCUAAGUGACUCUGAAAUGGAAGUAAUGGACAGUUCUGUUGAAUGGAAUCCUUCAAAUGACUCAAAUUUGAUAGUAAUUGUGAAUCCUGUGCAAGGUUAUUUUCUUUGUUUGUCACUGAAAAACAUCUAUUUGUGACGUUUAAAGAGCAUGAUGAGGAAAAGCGAUUGAAGUAUGCAAGUGAAGAUUUAAUUAACCUGAUUGGUCUUCCGGAUGAAGUUAAAU